UAUUCGAUUUUAGGGUUUCUACUACGAGUAAUUUGAUUUUUUGUUUACUUGUUUUCUGUGCCCUAAAUUUUGAUUUCGGAUCUUUAGGUAUCCGUAUGUAACUGGAUCAUCCGUCGUUGCUAUCAAAUUCAAAGAUGGGAUUCUUAUGGCUGCUGAUAUGGGAGGUUCGUAUGGAUCUACGCUGCGUUACAAGAGUGUUGAGCGUUUGAAGCCUAUUGGAAAGCACUCCCUUCUUGGUGCUAGUGGGGAAAUAAGUGACUUUCAGGAGAUUAUGCGCUAUCUUGAUGAGCUUAUCCUUAAUGACAACAUGUGGGAUGACGGGAAUUCUUUAGGGCCUAAGGAGGUGCACAACUAUUUAACUAGGGUGAUGUAUAAUAGGCGUAACAAGUUCAAUCCAUUGUGGAACUCACUUGUUCUUGGUGGUAUUAAAAAGGGGCAGAAGUACCUUGGCACGGUUAACAUGAUUGGCAUUAAUUAUGAGGACAACCAUGUGGCAACUGGGCUUGGAAAUCAUCUUGCUAGGCCAAUUCUCCGUGAUGAGUGGAACGAAAACUUGUCAUUCGAAGAAGGUGUCAGGUUACUUGAAAAAUGCAUGCGAGUGCUUUUAUACCGUGAUAGGUCUGCUGUCAACAAGAUUCAGGUUUGUCCUGUUUCAAUUUCUUGCUGUGUUGCUCAGCUCAUCUCUGUUCUUUUCUUCCCCCUUCCCAUUUACAACUUGUCAAAGUAUACUAAUUUAAUAUUAAAAUACUAGAUGAGCUUGUAAUAA